AUGAAAAGCAGCAGCGAGGUGGGAGUGCUAUUAUUGGCACUAACAGUACUAUUGUCCCUCUAUCACCCAACUCAUUCCUUUACUUAUAAUCCCAUCCGCCUUCCCACCGAUGAUGAUGCCGGCACGGCGGUGCUGGACGCCGACGGCGACCCCUUGAAGCCCGGCACACUUUACAAAAUAACCGCCCCGGGUUACGGAGAUGUGAUACUUGGUCAUGCGUUUCCAGUUGGUUUGCAGGAGAGGGGGUCGCUGCCGGGAUGCCCAACCGAGGUAUUGCUCGUAUCCAACCCAGAGGAUAACGUCAGAUCCGUUAAGUUUAUUCCCGAGGACGCCACCGCCACCUCCAUCUUGGAGUCCACUCGCCUGGCCGUCAGAUUCGACUCUCCCGUGUGUGUAGAUUUUUCAAAUUGGCACAUUUCUGCCGGCUAUGAUCCUUCUUUUGUCACGACGACUCAACCCAGUUUCUCCUACAACUUCAUGAUUCACAAAAGUGCUAAGGAUAACCAUUACCAACUUGCUUUCUGUCCCUCCGACUCCACCAUGUGCUACACCGUUGGCACACUCUGCACCCAAACCGGGUGCCCCCUUGGGAUUGCGCAUUUGGCUAUUAGUUAUCUUCCCAUAAGUGUUCAGUUUCUCAAAGGUAAUUAA